CGCCGCCGCCGCCGCCCGGGGGGGCCGGAUCGGGGCCUCCACGUGGCGCCGCCGCCGCCCCCCCGCGCCCGGGGCCCCGGAACGGGCCGGGCCGGAAGGAGAAGCCAUAUUCCACGCUCCGGAAUCCGUGUCUCGCGCUCCGGCCGGAGCCUCCCGCGGCGCGGGCCGGGCCGGGCCGGGCCGGGCUGCGGCGGGGCGAUGCCCGGCGCCGGCGGGGGUCGGGCCGCGGAGCCCAGCCUCGGCCCCCCGGGGGUGGCCGCGGGCGCUGCCAUGGCCCGGCACCCGCCGCCCGCCCGCCCCGGCAUGCGCCCCCGCCGCCGCCGCCGCCCGCGCCCCUCGCCGGCGCCCCGCUGAGCGCCCGCUGCCCGCCCGCGGCUCGCCCCGGCGCCUCUGCCCCGCAGCCCAGCCCCGGCCCCGGCCGCGGCCGCCGCCUCCCGGGGGUGCAGGAUGUUCAAGUACCGGAUCCGCCUGUUCUUCAACGAGCUGAAGCUGCUGGUGCUGAUGCGGCGCGGGCGGCCGGAGCCCGAGCCGGGCCGGCGGGGCUGCGGCUGGGGGCCCUUCUCCGGCUGCGCCGCGCCGCGGGACGACGAGGUGGAGUACUACGGCGAGCCCCGGCCCCGCAGCCUGGCCCCGGGCGACAAGGACCCGCCGCCCGGCCCCCCCGCGGCCCAGCCGCCCGCGGCCGCCCUGGACGCCGUGUCCCUCAGCAGCAGCCUGGACAGCGGGGCACGGACCCCGCAGUGCCGCAUCUGCUUCCAGGGGCCCGAGCAGGGGGAGCUGCUGAGCCCGUGCCGGUGCGCCGGGUCCGUGCGCUGCACGCACCAGCCCUGCCUCAUCCGCUGGAUCAGCGAGAGGGGCUCGUGGAGCUGCGAGCUCUGCUACUUCAAGUACCAGGUCCUCGCCAUCAGCACCAAGAACCCGCUGCAGUGGCAGGCCAUCUCCCUGACGGUCAUUGAGAAGGUGCAGAUCGCCGCCAUCAUCCUAGGCUCCCUCUUCCUCAUCGCCAGCAUUUCCUGGCUCGUCUGGUCCUCGCUCAGCCCCUCGGCCAAGUGGCAGCGGCAGGACCUGCUCUUCCAGAUCUGCUACGGCAUGUACGGCUUCAUGGACAUUGUCUGCAUAGGUUUGAUCAUUCACGAGGGCUCCUCGGUGUAUCGAAUAUUCAAGCGCUGGCAGGCGGUGAACCAGCAGUGGAAGGUGCUGAACUAUGACAAGGCCAAGGACCUUGGGGAGCCCGCGGGCGGAACGGCCAAGGCCGGGGGCAGGCUGGCACGGACGGAGAGGAACCCCCGGAGGGGCCAGCGGGUUAGGACGAUCUUGAACCAUCACUGUGGCUACACCAUCCUGCACAUCCUCAGCCACCUGCGGCCCAGCGAGCACCGCGGCAGCUCCGGCGCCGGCCGCGAGGUGGUCAUGAGAGUCACGACGGUAUAACCGGCCGCGCACGGAGGGCAGGGAGCCCGCCGCCUCCUCCCCGCGCCCGGAGAGGGCACCCCGCAGCUGCCUGUGGAAGGGAAGCCCCAGAGAGCAAUUCGGGGCUGGGCCACACACGGGAUAGUUCGUUUUUGAGGCUCUCGCCUUGCUCUCGUGCCCCCCGUCCGGGGGGGCGCCGCGGCCUGGCCUGCUCUCAGCCUGCGCCCUCCUCAGCUCCCGUCAAUGUGAAAAUUCCUCUUUGGAGGAAGGAAAACCACAGCGUCGCCUUCCACCGGCUCCAGACGACAAUCUGGGCCUCCGGCCGGGGCAGCGUUCGCCUGCCUGAGUCUGGAAACCAGGGGCCAGAAAGGAACAUUUUUACCUCAUCUUUGAAAGAAAAAUCCAAUCAAAAAGGAAAAAAAAAAAAGGUCCCUAUUCCCCCCGGUCCCAGCCCAGCCUGACGCGAGUCCCCACCCUGGGGACGCCCCGGGAAAGGUUUGGAUUUCCCCGUCCCAACAAGGUGCAAUAAACAGGUUUCUACAACAAA